AUGGGAGAUGAUCUCGCCUUCAGAAAACUGAUGUUCGCAGCACAUAUCUGCCACGUGGUGGCGGAAGUGGAGCUGGGGUCACGUAGACAGUUUGAGUUGAUCGGCUGUGACAGAUUGCCAUAUGGCAUGUUAGCCUUGUUUGAACCCUUUCUGAGAACUGAGACAUACGAGUACGUGCUGUGGCUGACCUCAGGAAAAGCCCAGCCAAGCUUCCAGAUCUUCAAAUUGUAUCCGGCUACCAGGCUGACUAAUAGAAAUCUGGUCCAAUCAAAUCAUCCUGAUGAUGUCUAUGAAUACUGUGAGGUCAUCACUAGGGCAGUCGUUGAUUUCCCUGACAGAUUCACAAGGAGCUUCAUUGAAUGGCUUCUUUUGCUGUCUUGCAAACCGCAAAAAAAUGCAGAACCCGAAUGGCUGCUAGAGCUCAAGAAGCUGCACAGAGCUAAAUUAGCAAAUGCUAAUGUUAGUGAUGACCAAAGCAGCACGACAUCAACCAGCCAUGAUGUGGUUUCAGAGAUUCAGCAGUCAGAAUGUUGCUCACUGACUGAGGAGAUCCCUGACCUCCAGCCUCCUGAUAUGGAGCAGCAUGCUGACCCAGAAGCGGUGUUGCUUUCGCGAUACACCAAGGCAAAGCUGCUGGGGAAGGGAGGCUUCGGUGCCGUCUACAAAGGAGUCCGGAUUGCAGAUGGGAAAAAGGUCGCCAUUAAAUAUGCUGGCAAGGACGCCAUCUUCAGAAAUGACAUUAACACUGCACCCAGAGAGACGGAGGAGGUGCCUGCACAGAGGUGGUGCUAUUGA